AUGAAACACUUAACUCUACUCGUAUUAAUUCCCUACAUUUUUCAAGCUGCUUUGGUUUCGGCGACGACGGUGGAGUUCAAUGCAACGCUAAGGCACGUGGAUUCCGGGAAAAAUCACAACAAAACCGAACUCUUGCGACUCGCUUUGCACCGAAGCACGAAGAGAAACGAAUGGCUCCGGGCAGCCUUAAAUGGUAGUAGCCCCGAGAUUGAGGGCCCCACUAGCAUUAUAGGGCGUGAUUGGGGCGAGUAUUUAGUGACUAUGUCCAUCGGCACUCCACCGGUACGUUUCACUGCCCUUAUCGACACGGGUGACGGCUUCACGUGGACUCAUUGCGCCCCGUGCAAGACUUGCCCCAAGCAGACCCACACUCGCAUGUUCGAUCCGACAAAAUCUAGCUCCUACACGGCAUUAAGAUGCCCGAGCGAGAUGUGCGAACUCUACUAUUUCUCCAACCCUUGUCGUAGCAAGCAGCCAUUUGGCGGCAAGUGCACGUACAAUCUCACGUACACAGACGGCACCGGGUCUUGGGGCGACCUGGCCACCGAGACCCUCUGGUCCAAAGACAACACGGCCUCGGUCCCCGGCGUCAUGUUUGGCUGUGCACAUUACGUUCAUGGAGAUCAACUCGGCAGCACGGGAACAUUGGGACUGGGCCCCGGAAGAUACGGGUUGGUCUCCCAGUUCAAUGUGUCCGCCUUCUCCUACUGUCUGCCCGAGCCCGGUUCCAACAGGACCGGUGGUCUCUAUGUGGGGUGCGGGGCCCGUGCCCCGCCGGACGCACUCACCACGCCCCUCAGCAUAAGUUGGCGCGGCCAAUAUUACGUCAUCCAACUCCAAGAGAUCGUCGUCGGUGGGGCGCGCGUGCCGAUCGACCAAACGAAAGGCGCCAUCAUCGACUCGGGGGCAACGUUCACGCGUCUCGACAAGACCGCUUUUGAGGCCGUCGGGUGGGAACUCGACCGCCAACUCGGACUUCCACGGAUAACCGAUGGGGACUAUGUCCUCGACAUCUGCUACAAACUCCCGAGAGGCGGGGGAGGAAUUGGGUUCCCCAAGUUGGUGCUCCGUUUCGAAGGGGCUGACCUGGAGUUGCCGUCGGAGAAUUAUUUGGUAAUUGAUGAGGAUAAGGGGAUUGUGUGCUUGGCCAUGCUUCCUUGUCUUGAGAACUUCCAAGUCACCACUUUGGGCAACUAUCAGCAGAAGAACAUGUUGGUGGUCUAUGAUCUUGCCAAUGGCAAACUAUCUUUCGUUCCAAAUUACACACAGUGUGAUGAAAUGUGA